AUGAUGGGAAGCAGAGUGUUUGCAAUAAUGGUGGUGGUUGCUGGGAUGUUAUUGCUGGGGAACCUGCCAGAGGCUUCAGCACAAUGCGGAGAUAAUGGGCCACCGCCAUCCACCCAGUGCUGCGAUCAAUUGCGAAAAAUAGAUCAGAACUGCGCCAGAGCUUACGCUGAUGGCAGCGGAAUCAACUUCGACAGAGCUGUCGCUGUCAGUAGGGCUUGUGGAAUCUACGUUCCUCCUUAUCCUGCACCCGGGUCUUCUCAGCCCUAG